AUGCUUAAGAGAAUUGAUUUGGCUACCUAUGUCAACAAAGUGCAUUUAUCUUCUCGGUCAAAGGUCCAUAAGCAUGCUUGGGCUGGAGUAAUGGAAGGAUGGGUGACCUUCCGGAAAGUGAUUUCCGAAACCGUAUUAUCGGGUCUCAAAGCAAGGACAGAACUUGACAUGAUGAAACGAGAAUGGGACAGAAUGGGACGGGACGGAACGAGAUGGGAUAUAACGGGAUGGGACAGAACGAGACGGAUCGGAAAAAAAUGGGACAGAACGAUACAGAAAGGAACAGGACAGAACCAGACGGAACGGGACAGGACGGUGCAAGACGGAGCGAGAUAUGAUGAAACAGGAUAG